AUGCCCUCCCCAAGUGCUCCUGGGACGAUCGGACAACUAACAAAGCCGGAGUACAGAAACUGGCUUGCUCUCGGUCAUGCGUUAACAACGGAGCUGCGUCACGGUCUUCGCCCUUUCGUUACCCGUGAGAUGGAGUCAUUUUAUAGAAAUGUGUCUGCAAGAGUUGCUGGACCCUGCACAUGUGUCCAUAUCCCGAGAAGAAAACCAAACGAAUACCACGAUAUGAAGACCUGUCAGUGGGCUAACAUCCUUCAGGCACAUCAUGACAAAAACAGGCCAAAUUGGAAACAAAGUGAUGGUAGUAAGUGGAUGGAUCCAAUCCUGGGUCCUUGGGAAAUAGCCAAGCUCUUCCUCCCUGAUCAGGGAGGCCAUGCAGAUAUCAAGAGCGCAGAUGACAUGGACAUCGCUGGUAUUCUAAAUCUGAUGUCCUGGUGCAGCCACUUCACUGUUUCACUGCCCUUGAUCAAAGCCGUCCGUGACAUUCGAAAUGACAAGUGGGUGCAUGUGCCACAGCUAGAGUUAAGCGAUGCCGACAAGAGAGUCGCCUUUGACACGAUUGAAAAUCUGCUUCAGGAUCCCAAUAUAGUUCACGAUCCAGACGCUCAGCAAGCCUUGAGAGAAGUUAACAACCUUAGGCAUGUUUCAGACCUGCAGAGUAUGGAGGCACAAGUGUUAGCCGACUUAAAAGAAGUUUUGACAAAAGAGAUUUCUAGCAUUAAUGACAAUUUGACAAUGUUGAUGGAGGAGUCCGCCAAGAACAAAGAGCAGCAAAAUCAGCUCCAAGAACAACACGAGAUCCUAAGAAACCAACUUAAUGAUUUAAAUUGGACAAGAUUACCUGAAGAAAGUCAAACCUGGCCUAAUACAUUUGGAAACCUGAUAGGAAACCUAUUAGGAAACCUGAUAAGAAAUAUCAAGCCCGUGAGAAAAAUCCACCUCAUAUCGUGGUUCAUGUUUAUGCUCCUAUGUAACCUCUGUAUCGUUUUAGAGGAUUCUUACGACGGAGAUGGUGAGUAG